AUGCAGGAUACCUUCCGGCCGAGCGUCAAAUCCAAGUUCAGCUUUGGAGCCGCGGCAGCCCGUAAGGAGCGGGGACUUCACCUUCUCACCUCUCACGUCGCCGAUAUGAAGUCUGCUGAAGAAGAUGCAUACAACUACACACCAAAUGUCAGCCUGGCUCUUCCACUGGGUAUGGGUAACCCCUGUCUGGCAACGCAGUACCACACCUUACAGUCCAGCCCCGUCAUUUCAGUCACUUCCUGCCACCAGACGGCCUACAACCUGCAAAACGACAACCACGGGUCAUCCGGCUACUACCUGCCUCACGGCUUGAGGCCCAAUGGGGCUCCGGCCCUCGAGAGCCCUCGUAUCGAGAUCACUGCCUACAGCCAGUACCCCGAGGACGAGGUUGAAGAGAGCAACAGCGAGGACCACAUCAUCAGACGGGGCGUCAACUCCAUCGUCACCCUGACGCUUCCCAAUGCCGACGGCUACCGUGACCCCAGCUGCCUCAGCCCCGCCAGUAGCAUCUCCUCACGCAGCUGUAACUCCGAGGCCUCGUCGUACGAGUCGGGUUUCUACAACUACGACAAUUCUCCGCAGAACUCCCCCUGGCAGUCUCCUUGCGUGUCCCCCCGAGGGUCGUCCUCCCUUCUGUCCUGCCCACACGCCGUGGGUCCCGCGGGCUCCCCUCACACCUCACCGUCCACCUCCCCUCAGAUAGGCGCCGUGGCCGAGGAGGGCUGGCCGGCACAGCCUCGCGUCUCCAGGCCGAACUCCCCCUCCUGCAGCGGAGGCGGCGGGAGCAACAGCGGAGGCAUGGGGAAGAGAAAGUACAGCCUCAGCGGGUCCUCCUACCGUCAAACCCCCUGCUCACCCAACCAUUCCCCAACCCCGUCUCCACACGGCUCCCCUAGGGUCAGCGUCACAGAUGAGAGCUGGCUCGCCAACACCAACCAGUAUACCAACUCCGCCAUCGUGGCCGCCAUCAAUGCCCUCACCACAGACGGAGUGGUGGACAUGGGGGAGGGAAUCCCGAUCAAGACACGGAAAACCAUGCUGGACCUCUCCCCCUCCAUGAGCUUGAAGGUAGAACCCAGUGGAGAGGAGUUGGGUCCUGAUGGGGACCUCUGCCACGAGGACUAUCAAUCCCGCCUAGCUUUCAAGAAGGAGAACUACUGUGGAGGGUUCCUGGAUGUGCCUCAGCAUCCAUACUCCUGGUCUAAGCCCAAGUCUUACCUCAGCCCCUCUCUGCCAGCGCUUGACUGGCAGCUGCCGUCCUGCUCCGGCCCGUACAACCUACAAAUCGAGGUGCAGCCUAAGUCCCACCACAGGGCCCACUACGAGACAGAGGGCAGCCGAGGAGCCGUGAAGGCGCUGUCCGGAGGACACCCCGUGGUUCAGCUUUAUGGCUACAUGGAAAGUGAGCCACUCACCCUGCAGCUGUUCAUAGGGACCGCAGACGACCGCCUCCUGCGACCACAUGCCUUCUACCAGGUCCACCGUAUCACCGGCAAAACUGUCUCCACCGCCAGCCACGAAGUUAUGCAAUCCAACACCAAAAUUCUGGAGAUCCCUCUGCUCCCUGAGAAUAACAUGAGAGCCAUAAUCGAUUGUGCCGGAAUCCUGAAGCUGCGUAAUUCAGACAUCGAGCUACGUAAAGGGGAGACCGACAUCGGACGCAAAAACACUCGCGUGAGGCUGGUGUUUCGUGUCCACAUCAACCAGCCCAACGGCAGGACAGUGUCCCUGCAGGCUUCCUCCAACCCCAUCGAGUGCUCCCAGCGUUCUGCUCAAGAGCUUCCCUUGGUGGAGAAGCAGAACAUGGACAGCUUCCCCGCCACCGGAGGCAAAAUGAUGCUCCUCAGUGGUCUGAACUUCCUCCCCGAGUCAAAGGUGGUGUUCGUGGAGAAAGCGCAGGGUAAGCCUUAUCAGACCCUCGUCGCCGCGUUUUUUAAUUUCCCCCUCCUAAUAUCUCCUUUGAACGUCUCUGUCCUUUUUUUUUUCUUUCCAAGCUGCAUUUUCUUAGUCCUCCUUCCCAUCAAAACAGAGAAGAACUUGCCAGAGAGCCACAUGUGGUGUGCAUUAGGCCACUAUAUUUUUAACCAAAGCGUAUUUACAUUUGCUGAAGUUUUCCAUUGCCUGUUCACUGACGCUCUCGCCACAAGUGAAGAAAUGGAUCACAACCCGAGCAUUUGCCCGUCCCCUCUCCCCUUCAUUCCCCACGCGUUUGACGGCCAGCCCCUCGCGUCCCGGUGCCGUGCUCUUCGUUUGUGUUGGUGUUCUUUCGUGUGUGUGUGUGUGUGUGUGUUCGUAGUUUGCCAGCUGCCGCUGGAGAAUAAGAUGCUGCAACAUCUGCCAAUAGCUCAUCAGUGCAUCUAA